AUGGACUCAACCAAACCAACUUCAAAGGUGAUCGACUCGCUACACUCUCAAAUAGAUUCGCUCAAAGAUGAACUUACUGCAACCAAGGUCUCACACGAUGAAUACAAAAAGAAGUUUACGAUUGUAUCGCAAAAGAAUGAUUCACUUGUUGAUCAACUUGCGAAUGUUAAACAUGAAAAUGAUAUGAUAGCAGCACUUUUGAAACGUAAGGAAAGACGGAUCAAUGAUUUGGAAGAUGAUUACAAUAAACUUGUUUCAGAUAACGAUUCCAUGAAACUAACCAACAAGAGCUUAAAGAUUAGAUGUGAAUCUUUACAAGCUUCCACUGCUACUUCAACUGCUGAAUAUGAACGGUUGAAAAUUGCUUAUGAGGCACUUAUAGCUUCUCAAAAUGGGUAUAAGGCUCAUUAUACCAAGCAAAUCAAAUCAUUAACUGAACAACUUUAUACUUAUAAAGUUGAUUCCAAACGUAAUUUCGAUGAUUUGGCUUUAAAAUUCGAUUCCAAUAGUAAAGAUAUUGAUAUUCUUGUGGAUAGUUUAUCUGGUAAAAGGAAAGCUUUGGAUCACUUAGUUGUAUCUCGGAAUAAAUCCAUCUUAGAUUUAUUAGCCAAAUUGGCUCAUUUAGCUAAAGUCCAUGGAACUCAUUCUAAAACAGUUCUUGAGGAUUCAGUGAUGACUUUGACUCAUAUUCUUGAGAAGUAUCCUGAUUUAAAAGAUAAAUUGGCAUCUGUUGACCCUGAAUCUCUGCUGCCUGUUGUUGAUGUGGAAACGUUGCUCGCAGAGUCAACUUCUUCCAUUGCUCAGUUAGAAAUCACCAGCAAUAAUACGAAUAAUAAUAAUAAUAAUAAUGGUGAUGGUGGUGAUCGCAGACAAUCUAGAGUAUCUUCGACUUCUUCCAACCCACCGUCAACAAGAAGACGUGGUGGCGGAAGACAAAGUCGGAAUACUUCAUCUGUUUCGUCCAAGAGAAACUCAUUGAUACUUGAUAACAAUCCUCGAGGCCAAGGCCAAAAUGAAAUAAGUGUUAUAAAAAGAGGGUCCAACCAAUUUGGAGGUAAUCAACAUCACCAACAAAGACGUAAGGUAUCUCCACUGAAUGAUGAGAACAAGCCAAUUCAUCGUCAGUCACAAUUCAAUAACUACAAUCAUAUGAACAACAACAUGAGCAACAGCAUGAACAACACCAAUGUGAACAAUAAUAAUAUGAAUUAUCCCCCCAACCCCAAUAACAGAUCUUCAAACAAAAGCAAAAGAAGAUCAAUGUAUGGUGGCAGCAACAACUACAACCAAAAUCAUCAAGGAAGCUACAAUAAGCGGUUAUCACAGAACUUUGACAGUUUACAACUAAACAUUUGA